UCUUUCUUUCUUUGUACGAGGUGCGUGGACACCAAGUCACCGACGACAUAGAGAAAGAGAGAUCUUCGGAAGAUGGCUGCGAGAUUCCUUCGCCGAUCUGUCGGGAAACUGGCGAUUGCUUCCGCCGCCAUUGGAGGCGGAAUUGGCGCGGCCGCAAUUGCGUCUUCCGAUGACCCCAUCACCACAUUGAAGCUCUGUUCCACGGUUCCCCUUCGCCUGGCCCGUCUCUCCUCCACUGCUGCCGCCAUUGCCUUCGAUUAUGAAUAUUCACUGUGGGGACUGCAAGAGGAUAGUACUGAGAGAGCGAAGGUUAAGCAUGAAGUCCAUCUAAGGGGAGCCCGCAGAAUUGAGGAGUUAUGUUUUAAAAACAAAGGCAUAUAUAUCAAGCUUGGACAACAUAUUAGUCAGUUGGAGUACCUGGUACCUCAAGAGUAUGUAAAAAUAAUGAGGCAGUCUUUGUUGAAUAAAUGUCCAGCUUCUUCCUAUGAUGAUGUUUGUGAAGUUGUGAAGAAAGAACUUGGAGGUGCCCCAGAAGAGAUUUUUAAGGAGUUUAAUACUGUUCCAAUUGCAAGUGGUUCCCUUGCGCAAGUACACGAGGCUCGUACUCAAGAUGGAGAAAAAGUUGCUGUCAAGGUUCAACAUGCUCACAUGACAGAUACUGCAGUUGCAGAUUAUGCAACUGUUGAACUUCUUGUGAAUUUCUUGCAUAGGCUUUUCCCUUCAUUUGAUUACAGGUGGUUGGUUGAGGAAGUGCAUGAAAUUCUACCCAAGGAACUAGAUUUUUUGGUUGAGGCCAAGAACAGUGUAAAAUGUAUGGAUAACUUUCGGAAGUUAUCUCCUCAUUUUGCAGACUAUAUUUAUGCCCCAAGAGUGUACUGGAAUUUAAGCAGCAGGAAGUUGUUGACCAUGGAGUUCAUGGAUUGUGCUCAAGUAAAUGAUGUUAAGAGAAUUCAACAACUUGGAAUUCAUCCAAUUGACGUAGUAAAGCUUGUUAGUCAAGCUUUUGCUGAAAUGAUAUUUAAACACGGGUUCGUGCAUUGUGACCCACAUGCAGCUAAUUUAUUUAUCCGUCCACUGCCCUCUAGCAGGAGAAACAUUCUAGGUAGAAGAAAACCACAGUUGGUACUUAUAGACCAUGGACUGUACAAGGAACUCGAUGUCCCAACCCGUACCUCUUAUGCUGCGCUCUGGAAGUCACUUGUAUUUGCUGAUGGCAAGGGAAUCAAGGAAAAUAGUGCAAAACUGGGGGCAGGUGAAGACUUGUAUGCAUUAUUUGCAGGAGUUCUUACAUUCAGACCAUGGGAUAAGGUGAUCGAUACAGCUGUUGAUCAUCUUGCCUUACAGGGUAAUGAGAGUGAUCAUGAUGAACUCCAGAUGUAUGCCUCUCAGUAUUUCUAUCAAAUUUCAGAGCUUUUAAGCAGGCUGCCUCGGGUAAUCUUGUUAAUGUUGAAGACAAAUGACUGCUUACGUGCAGUUAAUGGCGCACUGGUGAAGGGUUCUUCCCUUGAAACGUUUCUGAUAAUUGGGAGAACCUCUGCUGAAGCAGUGAUUGAGAUCAAGUUGAAACAUAGCAAAUCUUUCUUAAGUCGAAUAAGCAUCUGGGUCGAAGAAUUUGCCUUGGAAUUGCGAUUGUUUGCAAUGCAUAUGGCUUUGUGGCUUCUACGGUUCAGGAGAUGUUUGUCUAUGUGAAAGAAAGAGCAGUUAUUAUGUCUGAAGGUAUACACAUUUUUCAUUUGAAUACUCAGCCCACUACAGAAACAGGUAUAUAUCGGCAAUCGGAAGGGAUUUAUUUUUCCUAACAUAUAUCAAUAUGUCCAUUUUUUUGCCCUUAACUAGGUGGUAGGAUAUACAUUACUUAACCAUUUUUUUACGGAAUGAUAAGCCUGGGUUAAUAAUAGUUGUAUAAGUUGGUUGCAUUAUUUGUGCAUC